GCGAAAGCUAUGGCCAGUGUGAUUUAUCGUUGCUGACUUUAGCGGGUUGGGUAAUGUCUUAUACAUAACCAAAUUAAACAUUAUGGCUGUGUUAUUAGAAACAUCAAUUGGUGACUUGACAAUCGAUUUAUUUACAGAGGAAAGACCAAAAUGCAGCAAGAACUUUUUGAAGCUGUGCAAAAUAAAAUACUACAACUUUUGCCUUUUCCAUUCUGUGCAGAGGAAUCUUGUAGCCCAGACUGGAGACCCUACAGGCACAGGACGGGAGGGAGAGUCGGUGUAUGGAAUUCUGUAUGGGGAGCAGGCAAAAUAUUUUGACAUGGAGGUGUCACCUCGUCUGAAACAUAGGAAAGUUGGUACGGUAUCCAUGGUGAACAAUGGAAACAGCAUGCAUGGCUCACAGUUUUUCAUCACACUUGGAGAGAAUUUGGACUACCUGGAUAAUACACAUACUGUGUUUGGUGAGGUAGCUGAAGGGUUUGAUGUUCUCAAGAAACUGAACGAGGCUUUCUGUGACAAGGAACAUAGACCUUACAAGGAUAUCAGAAUCUACCAUACAAUUAUAUUAGAUGAUCCGUAUGAUGAUCCAGCUGGUCUGGAAAUACCGGACAGAUCUCCGGAACCAACUAAAGAGCAGCUGGAUAGUGGCCGUAUUGGAGCUGAGGAAGAGAUUGACGAGUUUAAGGGAAUGACAGAACAAGAAGUACAAGAACUGAUGGAGGAGAGAGAGGCAAAAGCCAAUGCUCAGAUACUCGCCAUGGUAGGUGAUUUACCAGAUGAAGAUGUUGCUCCACCAGAAAAUGUACUGUUUGUAUGUAAACUAAAUCCUGUUACUACAGAUGAGGAUCUAGAAGUCAUCUUCUCAAGAUUUGGUGAAAUAAAAAGCUGUGAAGUUAUCAGAGAUCACAAGACGCAGGAGUCAUUACAGUAUGCCUUCAUUGAAUUUGAUAAUCCACAGUCAUGUGAAAAUGCCUAUUUCAAGAUGGAUAAUGUGUUAAUAGAUGAUCGGCGAAUACAUGUAGACUUCAGCCAGUCAGUGUCCAAAAUAAAAUGGAAAGGAAAAGGAAGAGUUGAGUAUGCCAAGGACUUCCAGAAAGAAGAAGAUAGCUUCGCAUCAAAGUUCAGGGUGAAAGAUAACACCAGGAAAGACACUAAAUAUGAUUUGGUAUUUGAAGAAGACGAUGAUCAUACGGAUAGACAGAAGAAAAAGAAGAAGAAAAAGAAACAUAAACAUAAGAAGGAAAGUGAUAGUGAAGAAGAUAUAAGGCCUAUGAAACUGAAGAAGAAACACAGACAUAGGAACUCCAGUAGUCCAGAUGAAAGACAUCGCAGGUCGCCAAGUCCAAGUGAAGACAGACCUAAUAGAAAAUAUUCUAGAAGAGAUUCAAGGUCAAGGUCACCUGUGAGGAGAAAACAGAGGUCAAGGUCACGAGAAAAAAGAAGGUCAAGGUCACCAGUACGGAGAUCUAGAUCGCGGGAAAGAUAUUCCAAAGAUAAAUAUAGAGACAGAGAUAGGAAGUAUAGGUGAAUCAGGAGUAAAAUUUGACUAAACAAGUUACAAUUUGUGAUCUCAGGUUGGCUGGAAAAACUGAUGUUCAGUCAUGGUGGUGAUAACUUUUACUGACCUAGAAACUUGCAUGGCUUUGCCAUAUAUAGGUAUAUGAAUUAAAGUCACGAUACAAUACCAUUUUUCCUUCGAUUAUAAAAGGAGUAUACCAAAGAUCUCAGAGCUGACUUGUCAAGUGUGAAUUCAAAAGUACAGAAAAUAGUGAAAGAAUAAUGGACAAAGACCACAUUUUAAGUCCUUAUGUUCUUAUAAAUGGGACUGUUUCAGAUGACGGAUUACCUUCAUUUAUAGCACCUAGAAAAAGCUAAGCAUGAUUGCUAUUAUAAUUACAUCAUAUGUACAUUUUAUAUGCAGGGUAUAGAAUGUCAAAUACACGUUAUUAAAUGCAGUAAA